AGAAAAUUUGCGAAUCAGCGUUGCCCCUCGUUUUCAAACCUCCUCCCAUCCACCAUUGACCUCCAACUAUCAACCCCAAUUCCACCAUUAUCAAAGAAUCAUCAAAUAUGGGUGUCGAGCGAAAGAUUAUUACCCGUGGCAACGGCUCCGACUCGCCCGCCUCGGGCGAUAAGGUCGCGAUCCACUAUACCGGCUGGCUUUAUGAUGCCAAGAAGGCCAACAAGGGAUUCCAAGGCAAGCAGUUUGAUAGCUCUCGCUCGCCUGGCCGUGGUCCUUUGAAUGUUCAGAUUGGUGUUGGGCAGGUCAUCAAGGGCUGGGAUGAGGGUGUCCAGCAGAUGACUCUGGGUGAAAAGUCCAUUCUCACCAUUACUCCUGACUACGGCUACGGUGACAAGUCGGCUGGCAAGAUCCCCGCUGGCUCUACUCUGAUCUUCGAGGUUGAGCUGCUCAAGAUCAACGACAAGAGCGCUUAGAUACAUUGGUUGGAACCUGGUAGGCAGGAACCUUGUUCUAUCACGGGCACUUCUGCUCUUCUCCGAAUAUCAGGACACGAGAAAACAACAAAUGAUCUCAGUCAAAGUUCGUUGUCUAGUAUCAAGUAAGCGCGGUAUUGCGUAGUCCCAGCGCUGGGUUACAUUGCGCCCCAACCUUAAGCAGCCUCGUUUCAUCGUCAAUGUCAUUGUAUGCUAGAUUGAUUGGCGAGAAUUUUGUUAGAGAUUCUCAAUAAAUAGAAAACGAGCAGUGCAAUUGGUUAUAAACGCAAUGCAUUGAAUGUGCAUUGACAUUUGACAAAUUAGUGCAUGAUUGCAUUUUGUGCAACCCGAGG